CUCUGUUUAAGCUUCUUGUUCUAUUUCUGUUUCUCUGCAAGGAAGUGUACGUAGCAUAUAACUAAGAGCCAAAAAAGAAAAAAAAAUGCCUGCAGUAGGAGGUAUACCGCCCUCUGGUGGCAACAGGAAAGUGUACCCGGGAAACCUUACUCUUUAUGUUACUGUAACAUGUGUCGUUGCAGCCAUGGGUGGCUUGAUCUUUGGUUACGAUAUUGGGAUUUCUGGUGGAGUUACGUCCAUGGAUUCAUUCUUGAAGAAGUUCUUUCCUUCAGUUUACCGGAAGAAGAAAGCGGAUGAAUCGUCAAACCAGUACUGUCAAUAUGAUAGUCAGACACUGACUAUGUUCACAUCUUCACUGUACUUGGCUGCUUUAAUUGCUUCUCUUGUAGCAUCUACUAUUACGAGAAAAUUUGGUAGGAAACUCUCUAUGCUUUUUGGCGGUGUACUCUUUUGUGCUGGAGCUAUCAUCAAUGGUGCGGCUAAAGCAGUCUGGAUGUUGAUUCUUGGUAGAAUUUUGCUUGGUUUUGGUAUUGGGUUUGCCAAUCAGUCUGUGCCGCUCUACCUCUCUGAGAUGGCUCCAUACAAAUACAGAGGAGCACUGAACAUUGGUUUCCAGUUAUCAAUUACAAUUGGUAUCCUUGUAGCCAAUGUAUUGAAUUACUUCUUUGCCAAGAUUAAGGGUGGUUGGGGUUGGAGGCUGAGUCUUGGUGGUGCUAUGGUCCCUGCCCUCAUCAUUACAGUUGGAUCAUUAGUCCUUCCAGAUACACCAAACUCCAUGAUUGAACGGGGCCAGCACGAAGAAGCCAGAGCACAUCUAAAGAGAGUUCGCGGUGUAGAAGAUGUUGAUGAGGAGUUUACUGACCUUGUUCAUGCUAGUGAAGAUUCAAAGAAAGUUGAACAUCCUUGGAGGAAUUUGUUACAGAGGAAAUACAGGCCUCAUCUCUCAAUGGCCAUUGCAAUUCCGUUCUUUCAGCAACUCACCGGCAUUAAUGUGAUCAUGUUCUAUGCUCCUGUUUUGUUCGAUACUAUUGGAUUCGGUAGUGAUGCUGCACUCAUGUCUGCUGUGAUCACUGGUCUUGUUAAUGUUUUUGCAACAAUGGUCUCAAUUUAUGGUGUUGAUAAGUGGGGAAGGAGGUUCCUUUUCCUUGAGGGUGGAGUUCAAAUGUUGAUUUGCCAGGCAAUUGUUGCAGCCUGCAUUGGUGCUAAGUUUGGAGUAGAUGGAGCUCCCGGUGACUUGCCACAAUGGUAUGCAGUCGUUGUGGUGCUUUUCAUUUGCAUUUACGUAUCUGGAUUCGCCUGGUCUUGGGGUCCCCUGGGAUGGCUGGUGCCAAGUGAAAUCUUCCCACUGGAAAUUCGGUCUGCUGCACAAAGUGUGAAUGUUUCUGUCAACAUGUUCUUUACAUUUGUAGUAGCUCAAGUAUUCCUGAUAAUGCUUUGUCAUUUGAAGUUUGGGCUAUUCAUCUUCUUUGCAUUCUUUGUGUUGAUAAUGUCCAUCUUCGUGUACUACUUCUUGCCUGAGACAAAAGGCAUCCCAAUUGAAGAGAUGGGCCAAGUAUGGAAGCAACACUGGUACUGGUCAAGAUAUGUUGUGGAUGAAGAUUAUCCUAAUGGAGGGCUUGAAAUGGGCAAGGAAGGCCGAAUUCCAAAGAAUGUGUAACUAAGCUUGGUGGAUUUAUUUUAGCUUAUAUUUUGAACCCUUUUCCCUUUUCUUCUUACCUUUUGGGAUUAGCAGCAGUACAUACUAAUGAUUUCAAUAUCAAAAAUUAUGUGGAAAUUUUU